AUGGCAGGCUUUCGUCUGAUCGAGCUGGCAAAGCCCUUUGCGCCGCUACUUCCCGAGGUGGAACUACCGUAUGAAAAAAUUGGAUUUGACGAUAAAGUCGUGUACACGAUCAUUGCAGCGCUGAUCUAUGUUUUUGGGCAGUUUCCCCUGGCCGGGCUGGCCAAAAACGGUGGUCUAGAAGAGCAGGGAAGUGCUGGCGCCGUGCUGGACCCUAUUUACUUCGUGCGUGGUGUUUUUGCAGCUGAGCCUAAAACGCUACUAGAAUUUGGAAUUUUCCCAGUGGUUUCUUCUGCGCUGAUCAUGCAGGUGCUAGCGGGUCUUAAGCUGGUGCGUGUGAACUUUAAGGUGCGCCAGGAUCGUGAGCUUUUUCAGACCUGCACGAAAUUGUUUGCGAUCUUGCAGUACGUUGUGCUAGCCAAUGUGUUCAUUUUUUCAGGAUACUAUGGUACUGGACUGUCUGUUAUCCAAAUUGGUCUGCUCAACUUGCAAUUGGUUGCAGCCGGACUAUUCGUAACCCUGUUGGUUGAAGUCAUCGACAAAGGCUACGGCUUUGCUUCUGGUGCAAUGGCCAUCACCACAGUAAACAUUGCCACGAACUUCGUCGCAGAUGUGCUAGGCGUUAACCAGCUACCAGUCGAUAGUGAGGGCCACCAUGAAGCCCAGGGUGCUGUCAUCAACUUGUUCCAGUCUCUACGCUCCUCUCACAAGACCCUUGUGGGUGGCAUCGUGGGAGCUUUUAACCGUGAUUACUUGCCUAAUUUGACCACUGCUCUUCUGGUCGUCGCCUUGGCUGGUGCCGUCUGCCUGCUGAACAACUUCCGCUUUGAAUUGCCAAUCAGAUCUACCAGAGCCCGCGGUGUCAACAACGUGUACCCAAUCCGUCUUCUAUAUGUGGGUGGACUGUCCGUGUUGUUCUCAUACGUUUUGCUCUUUUACAUUCACAUCUUGGCUUUCAUUUUGGUUCAAGUUGUUGCUCGCAAUGACCCUUCUUCCCUCUUGUACAAAAUUAUCGGUGGUUACGCGUCGUCUAACAACCUGCUAUAUGUCCCACAAUUCCCAUUGUCGUUAUUGACUCCACCCAAGUCUUUCCUAGAGUGCAUCACUAGACAACCACUUACACCAUUUGUUUUCACGGCUUUCAUGAUGGUGACAGGUGUUUGGUUUGCCGGACUCUGGCAAGCCAUUAGUGGAGCUUCUGCUCGUGACAUCAGCCUCCAGUUCAAGGAUCAAGGUAUCACUUUGACCGGCCACAGAGAACAAGGUGUUACUAAAGAGCUGGACAAAAUCGUGCCAGUCGCCUCCACCACUGGUGCCGGUAUUCUCGCCCUACUAGUUGUAGUGGGCGAGCUCUUGGGCUUGAAAGGUAAGGGAGCCAGUAUCAUUGUUGGUGUGAGCUGUGGUUUCUCACUGUUAGAGCUAAUCACCGCCGAAUUUCAACAGAGUGGCAGCCAAAGUGCUUUGACGCAAGUUUUGGGCGUUACUGGAGCUUGA